CCGCCAACUGUCAAACUCCCGUACAGAAAAAAUAACAAAUCACCAAAACAAACCGAUUUGUAGAGGCACGAUUGUCUUAUCACCCAGUUUCUGCUAAAAACAUUUAAAAAUGCAUGGACGAUUAAAGGUGCGCACCAGUGCGGAAGAAGCGACCCGCAAGAAACUGGAACAGCAAGCAAAGGUGAAAAUGUUCCGGGCUGCAAUGGGUCGUAUUUUCGAGAAGAAAUCCGCCCAAGAAUAUGAUUCCGAAAUGAUGGACCUGACGGCGAAACUUUUAGGAAGCAAUCCGGACAUUGCGACUCUAUGGAAUUUGCGUCGGAUGUGUAUUUUAGCACUGAAAGAAUCGAACACGGAAGACAUUCAGAGCGUUUUCGAUAAAGAUCUAGGCUUUACGGAAAUGUGUCUUAUGGUGAACCCAAAAUCGUACUGUGCAUGGCACCAUCGUUGUUGGACUCUGGAAAAUGCACCUGCAGCCGAUUGGCAGAAGGAGGUGGAAUUGUGCACCAAGUAUCUGAAACUGGACGAGCGUAAUUUUCACUGUUGGGACUAUCGUCGCUAUGUGGUGGAAAAUGCCAAAGUAACUCCGGAGAAAGAGUUUGCAUUCUGCACGGAAAAAAUCGAGAAAAACUUUUCCAACUACUCGUCGUGGCAUUAUCGAAGCAAACUACUGCCGGUGCUCUAUCCCAAUUUUAACGAUCCGAGCCGUCCGAUAAGCGAGGAAAAGUUGAAGGAAGAAUUGGAGCUAGUCCUUACGGCAGCGUUUACCGAUCCGAAUGAUAGCAGUGCUUGGUUCUAUCAGCGCUGGUUGCUCGGUUAUUCACAGCCCGAGCUUGAUCUGGCCACCUGUCGAAUCGAUGCAAAGCAAAACUUGGCUGUACUGUCGUUCAGUGUACCCAUCGAUCUAUCCUCGGGUGGAUAUAGGUUGAACGUACCAUGCUGUGAUAAGUGCAACGAUACUAGCCAAUGGGUGUCAGCUACCAAAGGAAAUACGUUUGAUACAACUUGGAUUAUGAAGGGCUCAUUCGUUGUGAAUGAGGAAGGAGAUCCAACUGUAACGCUUAUCACACCGGAUGAAUUGAAACACGUCCUCAACCUGAACACGGUAUCCCGGGAUGGUGCGGUCGGUGUAAAGAAACCAAAGUUUGGCUAUGUGUUUGGGUCCGCUAUCGUGGACGUGCUGAAAGCUCAACUCGCAUCCUGCCAUGAGCUGUUAGAGUAUGAACCGGACAGCAAAUGGACACUGCUUACCGCUGCCCUUCUGAUGAAGGCGAUUGAUCGACGCGGAUAUUACGAAACCAUUCGUCAGCAUCUGACAAAGCUGGAGACGGUCGAUGCACUCCGGAAAGGAUACUAUCUUGAUCUUGCAAGCAAAUGGUCCAUCGAAAAUCGGUUAGAAGAUUGGAUUGAGGCUGGCAAUUUCGGGUCGGAGAUUGAUCUGUCCGGUCUGCAGUUGACCGUUCUGAACUAUGUGCAAUACCUCGCUACGGCCGAUGCUAUCGAUUUGAGCGGAAAUAGGCUUAUCGAUCGGAAUUUGGGUGUGUUAGGAGGGUUAGUGUUUUGCAGAAAGCUCAACCUAGAAGGGAAUGCAUUGGAAACUGGAGCAGCAAUACAGAAGCUCCAGUUUGUGGAUGAAAUCUUACUGAAAGGCAACGAGCAGCUGGUAAAGAACGAUGCAAUGGUGGAAGAGUUGCGAACCAAAGUUAAGAGCCUAGUGCUGUAAUGACAUUCCUCUUAGGUCAGGGAAAAGAUAACUAUGUGAAUUAAGCACAAAUAAAUAUUUCUUUAAAGCACGCAAAUAUA